GGGAGGAGAGGAUAAGUAUUGGAACAUAAAAAUAAAAAUUAUGAAUAAAAAGUGAAGGGAAUAAAUUGUUGAGGUACCAGAGGCUUCUAGGUCUAGCUAGUUAGGGUAACGAUUUUCAUACGUGCUGUAAAGAUAUAUUUACAUGGAUAAAAGGGACAAUAACGAGUCGUAAAGACCUCGUCUUAAAGUGGAAAUAUCCAAAAUGCCCUUCAUAUAUACUUGUCCAUAUCUAAAAUUGGUUUGUUAAUCACUAGAUAAUAAGGGUAAGGAGCGGAACACAUCACCACCUCACGAGCAGACAAGAACCACGACACCUCUUAGUAUGAAUGAAUUGUUUUAUUGUUUUAAUUAAAUACGGAGUAAUUUUUACCUUAAUAGUGAAGCAUGAAUUAAAUUUACCUCUUUAUCUACACGAAACAUUUAAUAAAUAUUUUAGCCUCUUCAAAAAUAAUUUUAUAAUUCCUCCCUUGCCACUAAACCUAAUAAUGGUACAUGAAAAAAAAUCAUCAUAAAUAAAAGGAACAGACUGCAGAAUGCAGACAUCUUAUAUUUCUGAGGUCUAGUAGUACGCAGCCAGCCAGCCAGCUACAUUGUACUAGUAACGUCAAAUAUUAUUAUUAUUAUUAUUAUUACAUACAUCUUCAUAACAAUUCAUCAUUUUCACAAAAAUAAUUUAUGCAAAAAAAAAAGAUAAAAAAGAAAAAGAAGAAACCAAAUAAUACUUUCUGCAAAAAUUCCACUGAUAAAAAAGAACUUUCAGAAUUCAUUCAGUCCCACUAUUUAUAUGCUUCUCUCAAAAAUAAGACUAUAUAUCUUCAAAGUUCAAACUAAACUAGUGUAUAAAAUUCUCUCUCCUUUAGAAAAAAAGAAAAGAUGAUGAUAUCUGGAAGAAAUAACCAUAAAUCUCAUUUCCCUUUCACGGCAAGUCAAUGGCAAGAAUUAGAGCAGCAACUUCUUACUUUCAAUUAUAUAUUGUCAGGAAUUCCUGUCCCACCUGAACUCUUCUCUGCUGUUAUCAGAAACCCAUUUACUUCCUCUUCUUCUGCCCUCUUCCCUAAUCAACAAUCUAUUCCAUUUGGAUGGGGUUGUUUUCAAAUGGGAUAUGGAAGAAAAAUAGACCCAGAGCCAGGAAGAUGUAGAAGAACAGAUGGUAAAAAAUGGAGGUGUUCAAAAGAAGCAUGCUCAGAUUCAAAGUACUGUGAGAAGCACAUGCAUAGAGGAAAGAACAAAACUAAGAAACAAGUUCAACAAGUUUUUUCCAAUACAACACCAAAAUCAUCAACAAAUGAUCCAAGUUUUUCAACAUCAUCACCCAAAAUUAAUCUAAAAACUUGCAUCCCAAAUUCCCCUGCAAUUUCUUGCUCAAUUUCUCCAUCUGAUAAUGAUAUAGCUGCAACUUAUCCUUAUAUUAUGGGUCAAAAAGCUCAAGCUCAUUCUUAUCAACCCACCACUUUUUACCCUUUUAUGUCUCCUCAAUCUGACUCUACUAAUUUUACUCAGUCAACUCAAAAUUUUACUGCUCCUCACUGGCUUUUGGAUUCUGAGUCUUAUGAUCAGCCUAAGAAAGAAAUGAGGUACUUGUAGAUGAAAGAAGCAAUUAGGGAAACAAAUGGAGUCCAUAUCAAGAUCUAUUGUACGAAGACAUCGAAGGGGAGGAAGAAAUCAAAGAUUUGGACUCAUAAGCUAUUCCAUCACUUCCUAGGUGAUUGUUCGUGACUAACUAACUAGAGAUCGUGACUAAUAAUGAAAAUCCUCAUUUGAUAAAGGAGGAAAAAAAAAGAGGACGAGUGAUCAUCUUUAGUUUAUACGAAGUAAUAACCUUAUAAGCAUGCAUUACAUGAACAUGUUUUUGAUCUUGUGGCACUGAACUUUCUUGUAUGUAGAUGACUAAUGUUUUCGAACGGGCAUAUGAAGGGUUAAAUGUAAGAGCAACCACUUUUAAUGUUCCAUUAUCA